AUGCAGAAAGAUUCGUGGAGUUGCCAUGGAGAAGAAGCAGGAGGAAUUCAGAGAAAAGAUUCGUGGGAGUUCAGGAAGAAGAAGCCAGAGGAUUCAGAAAAAGAAUUCGUGGAAGUGCCAGGAGAAAAGCAGGGAUUCAGAAGAAGAUUCGUGGAUGUUCCAGGAGAAGGAAGCAAGAAGGAUCAGAGAAGAUCGUGGUUGGAAGUUCCAGGAGAAAGAGCAGAGGAUUCAGAAAAGAAUUCGUUGGAGUUUUCCAGGAAGGAAGAAAGAAGCAGAGGAUUCAAGAAGAUUCUAAAAGUUGGAGUUCAAGGAGAAGAAGCAGAGGAUUCAGAGGACAGAUUCCGUGGCGUUCCAAGGAGAAGAAGCAGAGGAUUCAGAGAAGAAUUCAGUGGAGUUCCAGGAGAAGAAGCAGGAGGGGAUUCAAGAAGAAAUUCGGGAGAAGAAGGCAGAGAUUCAGAAAAGAUUCGUUGGAGUGCCAGGAGAAAGAAGCAGAGGAUUCAGAGAAGAUUCGUGGAGUUCCAGGAGGAAGAAGAGAGGAUUCAGAAAAGAUUCGGUGUUCCAGGAGAAGAAGCAGAGGAUUCAGAAAAGAUUCGUGGAGUUCCAGGAGAAGAAGCAGAGGAUUCAGAGAAGAUUCGUGGAGUUCCAGGAGAAGAAGCAGAGGAUUCAGAAAAGAUUCGUGGAGUGCCAGGAGACGAAGCAAAGGCUUCAGAGAAGAUUCGUGGAGUUCCAGGAGAAGAAGAAGAAGAAAAGGCAGAAGGACUUCAGAAAGACGGUUGGAAAAAGUUCGGAGGAGACGAAGCAAAGGCUUUCAGGGAGGGGGAAGAUUCGUGGAGUUCCAGGAGAAGAAGCAGAGGGAUUCAGAAAAGAUUCGUUGAGUUCAGGAGGAAGAAAGCAAAGGCUUCAGAGAAGAUUCGUGGAGUUCCAGGAGAAGAAGCAGAGGAUUCAGAAAAGAUUCGUGGAGUGCCAGGAGACGAAGCAAAGGCUUCAGAGAAGAUUCGUGGAGUUCCAGGAGAAGAAGCAGAGGAUUCAGAGAAGAUUCGUGGAGUUCCAGGAGAAGAAGCAGAGGAUUCAGAGAAGAUUCGUGGAGUUCAGGAGGAAGAAGAAAGAGGAUUCAGAGAUUCGUGGGUUCCAGGAGAAGAAGCAGAGGAUUCAGAGAAGAUUCGGGAGUUCCAGGAAGAAGAGCAAAAGAGGAUUCAGGAGAAAGAUUCGUGGAGUUCCCAGGGAAAGAAGAAGGCAGAGGGAUUCCAAGAAACGAUCGAGGAGUGCCAGGAGAAGAAGGCAGAGGAUUCAGAGAAAGAUUGUGGAGUUCCAGGAAGAAAAGAAGCAGAGGAUUCAGAAAAGAGAUUCGUGGGAGUCCAGGAGAAGAAGCAGAGGAUUCAGAAAAGAUUCGUGGAGGUUCAGGGAGGAGAGAAGAACAGAGAUAGAUUCGUGGAGUUUCCAAGGGAAGAAGGAGAAGAAGCAGAGGAUUCAGAGAAGAUUCGUGGAGUUCCAGGAGAAGAAGCAGAGGAUUCAGAGAAGAUUCGUGGAGUUCCAGGAGAAGAAGCAGAGGAUUCAGAAAAGAUCGUUGGAGUCCAGGAGAAGAAGCAGGGAUUCAGAGGAAGAUUCGUGGAGGUCCAGGAGAAGAAGCAGAGGAUUCAGAAGAAGGAUUCGGUUGAGUGGAAGUGCCAGGAGAAGAAGCAGAGGAUUCAAGGAGAUUCCGGGAACUUAGUGGGAGGAGAAGAAGCAGAGGAUUCAGAGAAGAUUCGUGGAGGUUCCGGAGAAGAAGCAGAGGACAGAGAAGAUUCAAAGCUUAGAGACGGAAGCAAAAGCUUCAGAAGAUUCGUGAGUUUACCAGGAAGAGGAGCAGAAGAAAUUCAGAAAAGAUUUCGUGGAGUUCCAAGGAGAAGAAAAGCAGAGGAUUCAGAAGAUUCGUUGCCAUUCAGUGCCAGGAGGGGACGAAGCAAAGGCUUCAGAAAAGAGAUUCCGUGGAGUUCCAGGAAAGAAGCAGAAGGAUUUCAGAGAAGAUUCGGGUGGAGUUUUCCAAGGAGAAGAAGCAGAAGAUCAGAGAAGGAUUCCGUGGAGUUUCCAGGAGAAGAAGCAGAGGAUUCCAGAGAAAAGAUUCGUGGAGUUCCGGAGAGAAGCAAGGAUUCAGAGAAGAUUCGUGGAUGUUUUCCAGGAGAAGAAGCAGAAGGAAUUCAGAGAAGAUUCGUGGAGUGCCAGGAAGAAGCAGGUUCACAGAAAAAUUCGUGGAGUUCCAGGAGAAAAGAAUCAGAAAAGAUUCAGAAAGAUUCUGGAGUCCAGGAGAAGAAGCAGAGGAUUCAGAGAAAAGAUUCGUGGAGUGCCAGAGAACGAAGCAAGGCUUCAGAAAAGAUCGUGGAUUCCAGAGAAGAAGCAGAGGAAUUCGAGAAGAAUCGUGGAGUGCCAGGAGACGAGCAAAGGCUUCAGAAAAGAUUCGUGGAGUGCCAGGAGAAGAAGCAGAGGAUUCAGAAAAGAUUCGUGGAGUGCCAGGAGAAAAAGCGAAACUGA